CGCUAAAACCUUGAAUAAUAUCACGCACAAUAACUUUGAUUCACGUAAAGAAAAGGAAUAAGUUCUGAAUUUCCGUUCAACAUGAACAUGAAAAUGCCAGAUUUCAAUGUGAAAAAAUUGGUCAAAGAGGCGGGCAGCACUCUUUCACGAGUUGUUCAGCUAACAGAGGAAAAGUUGGGAACCUCCGAAAAAACUGAACUAGAUGCCCAUUUUGAAAGUUUGGCGGACCGAGCGGAGCAAACAAAGCUAUGGACCGAGAAACUAUUGAGAAAUACCGAGGCAGUUUUGACUCCAAAUCCUGGCAAUCGGGCAGAAGAUUUUAUAUUUGAAAAGAUUGAAAAGAAAAAACCUACCCGUUUAAGCAACUUGGAAUACUUGGGCUUGGAUAUGAUAGAGGUAUCUCAAAAAUCUCAACACUGCGGUUUCUUGACAGUUCCCAUAUAAAAUAGCUCCGAAGCGCCAAUCUACAAACAACAAUUGUUCUACAAUUAAUUCUGGGUUACUACAAUUAAUAAAACAGUUUGGACCAGUUUUGGAGCAUU